GCACAAACUUCACGCCCAACGACAAUCAAUCAUCAAUACACCGCCGACGUCCAUUUCUUAACAAACAGUUGCCUAUCAUGCCUGGCGUUUCCGUCCGCGAUGUUGAUGCUCAAAAGUUCAUUGACGCCUAUGCUGCUUUCUUGAAACGUCAAGGCAAGCUCCAAAUUCCUGGCUGGGUUGAUACUGUAAAGACCGGACACAUGAAGGAGCUUCCCCCUCAAUCUAUUGAUUGGUUCUACAUCCGCGCAGCUGCUGUCGCUCGCCAUGUCUACCUCCGCAAAUCUGUCGGUGUCGGCCGUCUCCGCAAGGCUCACGGUGGCCAGAAGAACCGGGGGUCCCGCCCCUCCCAUCAUGUCGACGCCUCCGGCUCCGUUGACCGCAAGGUCCUCCAGGCUCUCGAGAAGAUUGGCGUUGUUGAAAUUAGCCCCAAGGGUGGACGAAGAAUCUCUCAGACUGGACAGAGAGAUUUGGACCGUAUUGCUCAAACUACUGUUGCUGAGGAUGAGGAGGGCGAGGAUGAGGAUGAUGACGAGUAAAUCCGGUUUUCUUAUAGAUAUCAAACGGAAUUUCAGGCAAAUUAAAAUCUCGUGAAGGACUCUUUGGGUGCUCAAUAUUUCCCUUCCCAUUUUUUUUUGUUGGAGCCUCUAUUUCUGGGAAGUUUAAUCGUUACUCUUACUCUGACCCAAUUUGAAGUGACAUACCCGGGGGCAUGUCGAGGAAUACGGCACAGCGAAGGGGGGAAAAAUCGAUGGGGAUCAGUUGAAAAA